GAUGAGAUCUGGACCGUUAAUCUCUGUCAUUUAAACCCUAUUUAUAACCCUCCAUUCCCCAACUCUGCUUCUUGCCUUACCCACCCUUUCUCUGAGAGCCUCCAAGAUCCGAUCUACAAACCCUCAUUAACCAUGGCUCUCACCGUCGAGAAAACCUCCACCGGCCGCGAGUACAAAGUCAAGGACAUGUCCUUGGCCGACUUCGGCCGCCUGGAACUCGAACUAGCCGAAGUUGAAAUGCCCGGUCUCAUGUCUUGCAGGACGGAAUUCGGUCCUUCUCAGCCUUUCAAGGGUGCCAGAAUCACCGGCUCCCUCCACAUGACAAUCCAGACCGGUGUCCUCAUCGAAACUCUCACCGCUUUGGGUGCUGAGGUUAGAUGGUGCUCCUGCAACAUUUUCUCAACUCAAGACCAUGCCGCCUCCGCCAUCGCCCGUGAUUCCGCUGCCGUGUUCGCCUGGAAGGGGGAAACUCUACAGGAGUACUGGUGGUGCACGGAGCGUGCUCUAGAUUGGGGUCCUGGAGGUGGUCCUGAUUUGAUCGUUGACGAUGGUGGUGACGCGACUCUAUUGAUUCACGAGGGAGUCAAGGCUGAGGAGGAGUUUGAGAAGACCGGAAAAUUGCCCGAUCCUACUUCCACCGACAACGCUGAGUUCCAGAUCGUGUUGUCGAUCAUUAAGGAAGGUCUAGCAGUCGACCCCAAGAAGUACCACAAGAUGAAGGAUAGGUUGGUUGGUGUGUCUGAGGAAACCACCACUGGUGUUAAGAGGUUGUACCAGAUGCAAGCCAAUGGUACUCUGCUUUUCCCUGCCAUUAAUGUCAAUGACUCUGUCACCAAGAGCAAGUUCGACAACUUGUACGGAUGCCGUCACUCACUCCCCGACGGUUUGAUGAGAGCCACCGAUGUCAUGAUCGCCGGAAAGGUCGCAGUCGUCUGCGGAUACGGAGACGUCGGAAAGGGUUGCGCCGCCGCAAUGAAGCAAGCCGGAGCACGUGUCAUCGUGACAGAAAUCGACCCAAUCUGCGCCCUCCAAGCCACCAUGGAAGGUCUCCAAGUCCUCCCCUUGGAAGACGUCGUCUCCGACGCCGACAUCUUCGUCACCACCACCGGAAACAAAGACAUCAUCAUGGUCUCCGACAUGAGGAAGAUGAAGAACAACGCCAUCGUCUGCAACAUCGGCCAUUUCGACAAUGAAAUCGACAUGCUCGGACUUGAAACCUACCCAGGUGUGAAGCGCAUCACCAUCAAACCACAAACUGACAGGUGGGUCUUCCCUGAAACCAAGACCGGAAUCAUCAUCUUGGCUGAAGGUCGUCUCAUGAACUUGGGUUGCGCCACAGGCCACCCUAGUUUCGUGAUGUCAUGCUCUUUCACCAACCAGGUUAUCGCUCAGCUUGAGUUGUGGAAGGAGAGAACCACCGGAAAGUACAAGAAGGAGGUCUAUGUUCUACCUAAGCAUCUUGAUGAGAAGGUUGCUGCACUUCAUCUUGCAAAGCUUGGAGCUAAGUUGACAAUUCUUAGCAAAGAUCAAGCUGAUUACAUCAAUGUCCCAGUUGAAGGUCCAUACAAGCCUCUUACUUACAGGGAAAAGAUGGGAAACAAGAUGUGA